AUGGCAGGACAACCUUCUAUGGAUCAGAAUGGAGCUCAUCGUAAUCAAAAGCCGAACCCACUGCGCCCCAUGAGAAAGCGGCCGAGACCAGCCAACCCUCUUGUUGCACCCUCUAGAAAAAUUCCAUCAAAAUCUGCCGUGAAGGCAAAUUCAGGGACUCUGCAACAGAUGAGCCUUAACGGUUCCAAGCCAAAUGACGAUGAUCAGCGGAAACAGUAUGGUGGCUGGUCCGAACCCCCUCCUCAGCAUCAAUAUAGUGAUAUUCCUAUAAUGACGACCAAGAAAUCCUUGUUGGAAGGUAUUCGCUACCACCUCAUGAAAUUCUCUCAAGCUCGUGUUUCCGACCCUCCCAUCGACCCCACAGAUCAGGACGAAUUUGCUCGCCCAGUUACAUUACACAGACGAGACGCUCGACAGCCUCCUCCCGGAAGAGCCACCAAGGUAGAGGAACCGGAACAACUUCAAGUCGAUGAGAAGGAGGCGGAGAGGCUGGCACAGGCUAAAGCCGAACGAGAGGCCCAACGCGCAAUUGACCUUGCAAAGAUUGCACCGGUCGCUAAAGACAACAACCCUAAACGUGCUAAAAAACAGAAAGAGGAAAAAACCAUGUUUAACAGAGCUCCAAAAUCCGAGGCAGCCAAGAACGAAUCAGAUCUUCGGUAUGAAGAGGCUUUACCUUGGCAUCUUGAAGAUGCAGAUGGAAAGAACGUGUGGGUAGGCAGCUACGUUGCUGCCUUGUCUGAAGCAAACGUGGCUUUCAUGAUUGAUAAAUCUGUCUUUCGCAUGGUGCCUCUGGAAAAGUGGUAUAGAUUUAGUGCGAAACCACCGUUUCAGCCCUUUACCAUUGAUCAGGCGGAAGCUUUCAUGAACAGAAAGGUUGAUGUUGGCAGAUGGAUAAUGAAGGACGAGGAGAAGAAGGCUGGGCAGAGUGAUCUUGAGGCAACGAGAAAACUCCUUUAUGGUCGCGGCCAGAUGAUUAAGACUGAGAGCGACACCUUUAAAGCGGCCUCACGAUCAGAGAAACUUGACCAUGACGAACUGGAUGUAUCCGGAGAUGAAUUUCAAGAUGAUGAUGAGACCCCGUAUUUUGAGCGUAUGGAGGAUGAUGACACCAAGGAAUCAAAAGACAGGAUACGUCGAGAGCAGCUGGGAGCAAACUUGUUCGGCGAGGGCGACGAGCAGGAAGUCGACAAAGAACUUCAGGAACAAUUGCGAGAAGAACUAGAGCGACAAAAGUAUGGCAAGAGCACCAAGAAGGCUUUGAUUAAGCGAGAUCGAGAGGAUAUCUAUGAAAGCGACGACUCCGAGGAAAACCCUUGGAGUAGUUCGUCUGACGAAGAAUCAAGCGGUGACGAUGGACAGGAAGGAGAAGAAGAAAAUAAGGAUGAUGACAAGACGGAUGCAGAUAAAGAAACACAAGGUGAUGGGAAGGACAAGGUAAAGGGGACGGGCUCUAAGGGAUCUAUGACACCACAAGGGAAACAGAAACCUGGGGAGUUGGCCAAGAAGACCAAAUCCUUGAAGCGAGCUGGAUCUCCAGCAUUAUCUGAGUCGAGUGGAAACGAGUCAUCUCGCAAGAAGAUGAAGAAAUCUAUGAUAGGCAAUGGAAGCCGAGCCAGCACUCCUGCUUCCCAGCCAAACGUGGCCCGGCGAAGCAAAGCCGGGUAUGGCUCUGGUAGCGAUGCAGAAGCAACCACUGCAGAGAUGUCCGACAGUGCUGUUGCUCCUAGAAAAGGAGUGAAGAUGGUUGGUAGCAGUGGGAAAGGAACGCCGGUCGCAUCAAGGGCCGGCAGCCCAAAUCCAGCAACCGCCGGUGCCUACUAA